CCUAAACAUAAAAUUAUCCUAAUAAACUAUGGAGUGCAAAAUUUUGAAAAAAAAUCCCAAUGAGGUUCGCCCUCUUCCUAAAGAAUUAUCGGACAUAUUAAAAAAAGCUGGGCAAAAACUAUUGGUUGAAUUGGAUUUAGUGGGACCUAAAAAUUACGUUAUUGGACCAUUGUAUGGUAAAUAUAAAGAAGAAAUCUAUAAUUUUCCCAUCAGAAAAAAUGAUGUUUGGAUCGUUACACUUGGGAGAUCAGGAACAACAUUGAUGACUGAAAUGAUUUGGCAAAUUUGCAACAACAUGGAUUUCAAAACAGGCUUAGAAAAACUUUUAAUCGAAAGAGUUCCAUUUUUUGAGUUUGCUUUGAUUAAAAAAAUGGAAGGGCAAAAAGAAAAACUUCUUAAAGAAAAUGCCAACGAUCCUAAGAAAUGUGAAACAAUCAGGGCAGUUUUAACACCUGAAUGGGAAAAAACUGAAUAUCCAGAAACAAGGAUUUAUAAAACUCACUUUUCACUUUCAUUGCUUCCAUCAGAAUUAACUAAGGAAGGGAGGGUUGUCUAUGUAGCUAGAAAUCCUAAAGAUAUGGCAGUGUCUGCAUAUCAUUUUAGUAACAAUUUUGAAGAUCAGCCGCCAUUCGAGAAAUUCUGGGAACUUUUUGAAAAAGAAUUAAUAUGGUCAAAGGUAGAGCACACCUUAGAAGCAUGGAACAUAAGACAUCAAGAAAAUGUGUUGUUUUUAUUCUAUGAAGAUAUUGUUAAGGAUAUGAAAGGAACAAUCUUAAGGGUGGUCAAAUUCCUUGGCAAAUCAUACACCAACGCUGAAAUAGACAAGUUGACGGAACACAUGAAAUUUGAUAAUUUCAAAAAAAAUGACAGCGUCAACAAAGAUUACUUUGGUACGUUUAUAAAUACUGGAAAAGAUUUUACCCAUGUGAGAAAAGGAGCCAGUAAUAUUCAUGAGGAAUUAUUUACAAAAGAACUUAGUGAAAGGGCAGAUAAUUGGAUCAGGGAAAAUUAUUACAAAAAAAGCGAUAUUAGGUUUUACAGUGUACCUGAAUAAUUUAAAAAAAAUUAUUGUUUGUUUUUUUAUAAAUAUUGUAUAAGUAACUUUUUUGUAUAAUUUUACAAA